AUGGGUGUUACCGGACUUCUACAGCAAAUUAAGGACAUCCAGGAGCCUAUCUCCUUGUCCAAGUAUAAAGGUAAGACCUUGGCAGUUGACACUUACGGCUGGCUACAUCGUGGACUCAUCCUGUGUGCUCAAGACCUUUGCACAGAUGCUCCAACUCGAGGAUAUGUCACCUCAGUGAUGAAGAAAGUGGAUAUGUUAAGACAUUUUGGCGUCGAACCUUACAUGGUUUUCGACGGAUCUCCUUUACCCACUAAGGAGGGAACUCAUUUGGAGAGAAAACAGAAGAGAGAAAAAGCUCGAGAAGAAGCGACAAAUCUUAUGAAGAAGGGAAACAGAAAACUUGCAUGGAAGGAGUUUAUGAAGGCAGCAGCAGUGACUCCAGAAAUGGCCAAAUCUGUCAUGGUCGAGUUGGACAGAAAACACGUAAAGUACGUGGUUGCACCUUAUGAAGCUGAUCCCCAGAUGGUGUACUUGGAGAAAUUGGGAUUAGUAGAUGGAAUACUCUCGGAGGAUUCGGACUUGCUUGUUUUCGGAUGCACCAAGCUCAUCACAAAACUUAAUGACUACGGUGAGUGUAUUGAGAUCGACAGAAAUAACCUAGUACAGUUAAAGAGGAUGCCAUAUUUGGCCACGUUCACUCCAGCGCAGUGGCGUUUGAUCGCUAUAUUAUCUGGGUGUGAUUAUACAAAAGGUAUUCCUGGUGUUGGUCUUAAGACUGCCUUCAAUAUCGUACAGAAAUUGGGCUCUUUAGAUAAAAUCGUGGCCUCAUUGAAGGCGGACAAUAAAAUAGUGCCUGAUGAUUUCAUGGAAGAAGCGCUUCGUGCAGACUUGGCUUUCCAAUACCAGAAAGUGUUUGACCCCUUGGAGCAUGUUCUUCGGACUUUGAACGACUACUCAGACUCCUUGGACAUUGAAAUGGAAUUUGUGGAAUUGUGUUGUGGUCGAACUUUGGAGAAAGAUUUACAUGCGGGAAUUUGCACUGGAAAAGUACAUCCUGAAUCCCAUGGCAUGCUUAUAUCUAGAGAGCAGAACUUACUAGUUAAGAAGAGCAAUUCCAUGAUAGCUCGUCGUCCUUCUCUCUCCAAAGAUACAGCAACCAAGAGCCAGUCAUUUGGACCCUCCAAGUCAAUUGAGAGUUAUUUUAAAGUGGAGAAGUCUGUGAAGAUCACAAAUACUCCAAAAUUAGAUUUUGCAUCUUCAAAACGCAUAAACGAUGGCAGAACGAAACUUUCUCCAACUUCCAAGAAAUUACGUUCUAUCGAAACUCAAAAAGUGUCCAAUACAACCAGCAAAUUCUUUUCUCAAAAUUCAACCAUCAGCAUUCAACAGCCAGCUCAAGCUCUGUCCCCAAAGGAUUCAAGUUUUCUUACUGGCGAUUCAGAGGUGCCCGAGUCAUCUCCUGUCAAGAUUGACGACUUUAAAAUAACAACCAUAAUUGACGAAGAUCUCAAGGACACCAACUACCUCACAGAUAUGGAUGACGAGUGUGUGGAGGACUCAUUGAAACAAAGUAUGAUGGAUCCUCCUAUUUUAACCUCUACAAAAAGUCUAUGCAAGGAGGAAAUGUCAGAUGAUGGCUACGAGAAUGACAUUGAUGAAUCCCCGGUGAAGCGCAAGAAGAUUGGUAUCCUGUGGAGAGAAAAGUUUCUGAUGGAUUCUAAUGUCUUGGGCGAAUUACUGGGAAAUGCAGUGGCAUUCAAGAAAGACAUACAGGCAAAAAUCUCCAGAGAAAUAACGGAUAGUAGCCUGUCACCUUCUACUCCAACCAACUCGUCGGAAGAGUUGAAAGUGGUAGAGUCAGACAGUCAAGUGAAGUCGCUGCAAAGAGAAGAGUACAUUCUUAGCGAAAGUGAAGAUGACCUAGUAACCUCAGUUACUGCCCCACCCAGCACCACGUUGAAGCUUCUGCGCUUUGCGUUUACCAGAUAA